AUUCAUGGUUGUUUUAAUUUGUUUAAUAUUUAGCGUCCUUUCAACAAUCGACGGAUAUCAAGAUUUUGCUAACGAAACAUUAUUUUGGAUGGAAAUUUGUUUGGUUGUUUUUUUUGGAGUCGAAUAUGCUAUAAGAUUAUGGUCGGCUGGUUGUCGGUCAAAGUAUAUGGGAUGCGUUGGACGACUUCGAUUUAUUAGAAAACCCAUUUGUAUUAUAGAUUUGAUCGUCGUCGUGGCAUCAAUCGUCGUAUUAUGCAGUUCAAACGGUCAAGUAUUUGCAACAUCCGCAAUACGUGGCAUAAGAUUUUUACAAAUACUUCGAAUGUUACACGUGGAUCGUCAGGGUGGAACAUGGAGACUUUUGGGAAGCGUCGUUUUCAUUCAUCGACAGGAAUUGAUAACGACUUUAUACAUAGGUUUUCUCGGUUUGAUAUUCAGCAGUUAUUUUGUUUAUUUGGCGGAAAAAGAUGCGAAAGGUGAAAACGGAAGAACCGAUUUUGAAAGUUAUGCCGAUGCACUUUGGUGGGGUGUGAUAACAGUGACGACGAUAGGUUACGGUGAUGCAGUACCUCAAACAUGGAUGGGUAAAAUCGUCGCAUCUUGUUUUAGCGUUUUUGCAAUUUCAUUUUUCGCACUACCCGCUGGUAUUUUAGGCUCGGGAUUCGCAUUAAAAGUCCAACAAAAACAAAGGCAAAAACAUUUCAACAGGCAAAUACCCGCGGCGGCCAUGUUGAUACAAUGUUUAUGGAGAUGUUAUGCAGCCGAUAAAGGUUUUAAUAGUCACGCAACGUGGCACAUAUACGUCAAAGAUGUCGCAAAAAAAGCAUCCGUACUAAAAAGAAGAAAAUCAAAGAAUCGAAUGGAAGCGCCGAGUUCAAUUCAAAAUCAAAGCACAAACGGUAGUAACGCGGAAAGAGUCGAAACGGAAGGAGAUGUCGUUUUCUACAUGGAAGAACCCAAAGCGGGAACACCCAACAGAGUGAGAAGAGAAGGUGGUAGAGGAAGCCUUUUUACUAGUCAAGCGAGUAGCGUGACGGAAGCACCGAGUGACGAUAUGGACAUAGAUUAUCAAGAGGAACCACAAAGAGUGACACAGGUGAAAAAAGAAAGAGAGUUGACAGAAGCUCAUAGAAACGCGAUACGUGCCAUUAGAAAAAUAAAAUAUUUUGUCGCGAGAAGAAAAUUUCAACAGGCACGAAAACCUUACGACGUUCGUGACGUCAUAGAACAAUACAGUCAGGGACAUUUAAACAUGAUGGUGCGAAUAAAGGAACUUCAACGUAGGCUGGAUCAAACUCUUGGAAAACCUGGAAGUUACCUGGCAGGCAUCGACAGAUCUGGAAAUGUUAAACCCAUGACGAUCGGUGCCAGAUUGUACCGGGUCGAACAACAGCUUUUCCUCCUGGACAAAAAAAUGGAUCAACUUUGCUACGUGUUGAACGCGUUUGCACAAAAGCAAAAAAUUCCAAUGGUUAAAUCAUUAGAAGAUGAUGUUUAG